AUGCACACCCACCGCGCCAGUUCCUGUGAGGAGAAGCGCACCGCGCUGCACUGCGCGGCCGCUUCCGGCUCUGAGGGCCCCUGCCAGGCCUUGCUGCGUGCAGGUGCAGACGUUGAGGAACGGCUUGAAGAGGAGGAUGCGAAGGAAGAGGCUGCAGACGAGAAGAAGGAGGCUGAGGUCACCCCAAGGGAAGACAAGAAGGAGGAGAAGAUGGAAGAAGAGGAGAUGAAGCUAUGGGCAGCUGUGAUGAUAGCACGUGCUGACAAGGCAAUGCUAAGCCGUGUGUUGCGCCGCAUUGCAGCCGGAGAUUAG